CAUCAAAGGUCAACAACGUAAUUUCACUUUCUCGUCUCAACUCUCAACUCCCUCAACCUCUCUCUCUCCUGUUUCGUCUCCGUUGCUCAUCUGUUCGCAACUUUCUCUCUCUAGAUUCAACGUAUUCUCGCAAACAAACUCUCUCGAUCUUCGCUAAACAACAUCUAUUUGAUUCAAUCUUCACUGAUCUAUCACAAUACUAACAACAAUCGAGCAUUAUACCGAUCCAAAUCCGUUAAAGUCACGAAUCAGCGAAAUUCCGAGCUGAUUUGAUGGCGGCGACGACAAUGGCGACGGCGGCAGGAGCGGUGGUGCUGCUGUACUACGUAUUGGCUCGGAGAAUGACGUCAGCUGACGCGAAGGCUGUGGAGGAUGAUGAAGGACGUGAGUAUAUGAAAUCGAGUAAAUCUAAGAGGAAGAUCGUGCAGAGGAGACCGGCGCAGGCGCCUGCCACGUGGCUUGAAACGAUUUCGACUUUGUCUGAGACGCUUAGGUUUACGUAUUCGGAAACCCUAGGGAAAUGGCCUAUUGGUGAUUUGGCGUUUGGUAUUAAUUAUUUGAUGCGAAGGCAGGGUAAUGUACAAGUAGCUAGUGUAUAUGCUGGAGAAAAUAGUAUACAGCUUAAGGGACCUGAAAUCGUUGCAGAGUUGAAACACUAUUUGCAGCUGUUGACUCUUUGCAUCCUUUUCUCAAAGAAACCGUUCCCAGUGUUUUUGGAGUCUGCUGGUUAUACAGAAGCAGAUGUUUUAUUGCAAAAGCCGAAAGCCGGGAUUUUGAAGCCUGCUUUCACAAUAAUAUGUGAUAAAAAAUCCAAGUGCUUUCUUUUACUAAUUCGAGGCACACAUAGUAUUAAAGAUACGCUGACAGCAGCAACGGGUGGUGUUGUUCCUUUUCACCAUUCCGUUUUACAUGAUGGUGGGAUAAGUAAUCUUAUUUUAGGUUAUGCACAUUGUGGGAUGGUUGCUGCUGCUAGGUGGAUUGCAAAGCUCAGUAUACCCUUUCUUCUUGAAUCCCUAAAAGAAAACCCUGGUUUUGAAGUAAAGAUUGUAGGCCAUUCACUUGGCGGUGGGACCGCUGCACUCUUAACAUACAUUCUUCGAGAACACAAAGACUUAUCAUCUAUUUCGUGCAUUACAUUUGCACCAGCUGCUUGUAUGACAUGGGAAUUGGCCGAAUCGGGUAAGCACUUCAUCACCACAGUUAUCAAUGGCUCUGAUCUGGUGCCUACAUUCUCAACUGCUUCUAUAGAUGAUCUACGCACCGAGGUUACAGCAUCCUCUUGGUUAAACGAUCUGCGUGAUCAAGUUGAGCAAACUAGGGUUUUGAAUGUUGUAUUUCGUUCAGCUACUGCUUUGGGCUCUCGUCUCCCGUCAAUAGCCAAUGCAAGAGCCAAAGUCGCUGGUGCUGGUGCGAUGCUCCGUCCUGUUUCUAGUAGCACCCAGGUUGUGAUGAAACGUGCUCAAAACGUGGCUCAGGCAGUAGUCAGAACCCGAUCAACCCUAUCGGCAUGGUCAUGCAUGGGUGCACGUCGUCGAGCUGUCGGCGCCACACCAAGUGACAGUUUUUCCGAAACUUCACUCAUACUCGAAAAGAACCCAGAUUCUCUCACAACCGACGCCAACCAUCCAGCCCACGAACCAAACAUGGAUCAGGGUUCUUCCAGUGAUGGUUCCGGGUCGGGUCACGACGACACAGAUGAAGAGGAGCUUCUUAUUCCCGUGGACCAUGUUACAUCCAAAUCUGAACACAUAACCGAAGGCGAAUUGUUAUAUGAACUUGAGAAAGAACUUCAAAGGCAAGAAAACGAGGCCCAUAUUCAAGCCCAAAAGGAAGAAGAGGCUGCAGCCGAAGAAAUCAUAGAAGAGGAAAAAGUUAUAAUAGCCGAUUCAGUUGAUCAUGAACAGCCAAUUUCUUCAUCGGAUAUGUCGGAAAAUCAACAUUUGUAUCCUCCGGGAAGAAUAAUGCAUAUUGUCUCAACCAUUUCAAACAAUCCAGCUGAUCUAGACAAUGAUCAUGAAGGCACCAUUGAAGAACGUGCAGAAGAUCAUGAUCAUGAGCGUGAACAUGUGGGUAUUUAUGAGACGCCUCGGGAUCUUUAUGGUAAGUUAAGGCUGUCAAGAACGAUGAUUAAUGAUCAUUACAUGCCAAUGUAUAAGAAGAUGAUGGAGAAAUUAUUGGUGGAACUAGAAAAAUAGGAUUGAUAUAUUAGUUGGUGGUAUAUAAUAUCUUCAUAUUGUAACUGUAUGAUGAAUGGCAAUUGAUCAUUCUUUUGUUUUGAAAAAAAAAGGAUUUCACUAACUAGUUUCAUUAGUAUGUAUCAUGUAAACUUUGCUUUGAGACCAAUCUGCUGACAUCUGAAUUUGGAAUACAAAGAAUUGACAACUUGUAUUU